UCCAGCAUCUCAGCCAUGGCUGUGGGUAAACUGCUCGCUCUGCUGGUCCUGCUCCAGUGCUCUGCAGCUUUGAUGGGAGCUGGAGUGAGGAGCUCCAUCAUUGGUGGGGGGGACGCCCCAAGAGGCAGGUGGCCCGGUUUGGUCUACCUUAACAUCGUCACAGACAGUGGAAAGAAAAAGUGGCACUGCAGUGGUUCAAUUCUCAAUCAGAAGUGGAUCCUGACUGCUGGGCGCUGCUGGGAUGAAGAAUUACGGACCAGGUGGGAUCGAACGGGAGUGUGGAUCGGCACAUAUGAGCUGGGCAUGCCAUCUGAACGUUACAUGAAUAUAGACCUUGUUGAUCGUCUACCUGAGUUCAGGGCUGCUGGCAAUGGCUUCAUCAAUGACAUCGCGCUGUUAAGGUUAAAAUACCCUCUAGAAUUCUCUAACACUGUUGCUCCAGUGAACUUACCCAAUGAGGAUGAGACCUUCGAUUCUUCCUCUGAGUGUUGGAUCGCAGGCUGGGGUGAUAUUGGCAAAGUUGCUCUGCCAAAAACAAAACCUGUUCAGGAGGUGCAGAUUUCCAUCUUGCCUCAGCCAGAUUGUAAAGCCAAAUAUCCGACCAUGACUGAUGCGAUGUUGUGUGCAGGCGACCCUAAAGGGAAAAAGAACCCCUGUGAUGGUGACUAUGGCGACCCGCUCAUGUGCCGCACAGCCAGAGGCUUUGUGCAGGUGGGAAUCAUGAGUUAUGGGAAUCCUAAUGGUUGUGAGGUCGCAGGCUUUCCUAGCAUCUACACUCGAGUCUCCAGCUUUAUUGGCUACAUCAAAGAUCGCAUGAGAACCCUUGAUGAAGAAUCAGCCUCUGCCUAAUGUUCCCAGAAGCCAGAGGAAGUCAAAGGCUUCCCCAACCAGCAGAGUUGAUGCAUUUCUGAGCUUAUCUCCUUAUCCACUCAACCCACUGCUCUCUCUCUCUCUCUCUCUCUCUCACUGUCAAACAUUUAACCACAUUGCAUUAAAGCUUUGAAGCAUCA